UCAAUUAAUUGCACCCCUUCAUUUCACGAAUGUUGGGAUUAAAAUGUCCCGAUAUGGUGUUAAUCAGAAACAAACCACGCGUAGUUUUCGGACGUUCUGCUGACUAUAAAAUCUCCUCGGCCGACCAAGCUUUUGCAAGUAAUUCAAGUCCAAACAAAUUCUGUAUCAAGUCUAGAAAUGCUUUCUCGUUACAUUUUUACCAUUGCCAUCUUCCAUGGACUUAUUUCCCUUUGUAUGUCCUACUUUCCUCAAUUGACGCUAUACUCUGGACACAAUUACGAUGGGGAUCGGGUCACAUUUUCUACAAAAAGGUCCUCGCUCACCCCAUUGGAAGAAGAGUUCUUCCGUUCUGCUCGAUCAUAUUGUGUCACGGGAUGGUGGCGGGGUUACGAGAACGCAAAUUUCGUCGCUGGAUCCUCCAACCCUUUCAAUGCUAACAACGUUUCAGGAAUAUCAUGUUGGCGAAAUGGGGAUAAAAUAACCAAGUCGUUACGAUUUAUGGGUCCUUCAGACACAUCAACGUCGGCAAUUUCCGCCUACAAUGGAGUUCCUAACUCGGGAGAUCACUACUCAGGAAUUGAAGUCAUCGUUCUUGCCACUGAAUAUGAGGCGUCGUUCGACUUUGCGCCGAGUGGUCUUCUCAUCACCGGGAUGUCAAAUUGGACCGCAUUUUACGAAAGGAACUUUACAGGACCGAGCACCUGCUUCAUUCCUACCAGCGAAAUUUAUACCGUUAGCUUGGGAACUUUCCAAGUUCUCUCUGUUCGACUUGGUUGCAAUUGAGUGCGAAAAUUCAGGUUUUAUAUCUAUGACUUUCAUGAGUUGGAAACGCAAAUGGCAUCAAAUAAUAAUUCAAUAAAUCAAU